UGUAUCAAAUACUUGUUCUCCCCACUGUAGCUGCAUAUGACAGACUGCUAAUAAAUGAAGCUGAGUAUUGCACGGCCCCCUUCGAGAAGGCGUGACGCAGAUAUUGGGGAAUGUGUCAUGUCAGUACAUUAUGAAGUCUAUGCAUUGUCAUGAAAUGAGUCAGAGUUAUCAUAUGAAAUACUUUUUUAAUGGCUGUCACAGGGGUGCCGUAGUCAUGUCGAAAGGGGACUAAGACCUCCUCCCUGCACUCGUCAAGUGUGGGUCUUUUCUUUAGUGGAAACGUAAAAAAAUGUUUUAUGUUCCGCUACGUCCUUAAACAUCAAAUUACAGUGAAUAUUAUCAAUUCAGUGGAUCACGAUAUGCGGUGGAAUUAUCUAACCAAAUUCAAAUUGCCUGGGGUGCCAUAUUGAACACUUUUACGAGAGGACACAAAAAAGGCUGUUAAAGGAAAUGAUUUAAAGAAUCAUCAACAUUCGCUUAAUUUGGACACUUGAACUAGAAGAAAUGACAUCAUGGGCAGUGAUCAUUAGAAUGUUCUUCUGGAACAUGCUUUCCUAACAAAGUGUUUCUGUGUUGUCAUUUGUGGCAUAACUAUCUGCGUGUGAGUAUUAAGUAUGCAGUAUGACACACUGCAGCCCUCCUACACUCCUCUAUACCAGCGAUGGAAAAACAAGCUGGCCAGUCACAAGAGUGUAAGACUUUGUGUGGACACUGUAGUUGGAUGCUAUUAAACUGAUCAUCGUGUUUAAGAAGUUGACUCAUCCAGGAGACAUAUCUCGAGGACUUCUUCAAACUAAGGCUCCUUGGGCAAUAUUAUAUGAAAGUUCUUCUGAAGUGCAAACAUGGCAUCGACGGGUCUUCAGCUGCUGGGUUUAGUGCUGGCGCUGGUAGGCUGGGUGGGUGGGAUACUGGUGUGCGCGGCUCCUCUGUGGCGUGUGUCGGCCUUCGUGGGUGGGGAGCUGGUGAUUGCCCAGGUUAUGUGGGAAGGACUGUGGAUGAACUGCCUGUCUCAGAGCACAGGUCAGAUCCAGUGUAAGACGUACGACUCAACACUAGCCCUGCCCACGUCCACUCAAGCCGCGCGGAGUAUCACUGUUCUCUCUCUGAUGCUCUGCAUUCUGGCCCUCCUACUUGGGGUGAUGGGGGCCAAGUGCACCCACUGCCUGGGUGACACCAACCAAGUCACCAAGGCUCGGCUCUCCAGGCUUGGAGGAGCACUUUUUAUCGUGGCCGGUUUGGCCUUCUUGAUACCCAUCUGUUGGACGGCUUAUUCCACCAUUAGAGACUUUUAUGAUGUGAACGUUGCAGCACCUCUGAAGAGAGAGUUAGGACCGGCACUGUAUUUGGGUUGGGGCGCCAGUGUGCUGCUUGUGCUUGGUGGCGUUCUCCUGCAUAUUGGUUCGUCUCCAAAAGGAGGAGGAACACUGCCUGUUGGGAGAGCAGCAAAAGACAACCCACAUUCAGGGGCAGCAGGAGAGGCAAAGCCACAGGAAAAAUCUUUUGUAUAAAACAUGGAUUUUGGUUGAUCUAUCAGCUGAAUGAAAUUUCCGAGUCAUGUGUUUUAUUUCAACACGUGUUGUUUUACAUUAAAAACUAAUAAAUCAAAUCAUUAAUGAAGAAAAAACUUUGUAUUUAAAUGGAUGCUUGUAUGUGAUUCAGUGGGUAUUUAAAUGCUGUGAUGUUUACUAAUGUGCGUAUAUUUGUCAAAUUUCACUCAGCCCUGCGUGAGCUGGUGACUAGAGUGGGUGGUAAAACAUACAGAGGACUAGUGUACAUUGUCAAUGUGUGUGUGUGCGUGUGUGUGUGCAUGUGAGGCAGAGCAAGAGAAUGUGGAAGAGUGACAAAGAUCUGUUCUGUCUGUUUUGUUGGAAUUUUGAAUGAGUUGAAUUUUCAAGAAUAUUUCUGAUUAUUUUUUACACUUCUUUUUUACUCCUUUUAUUUUUAAAAUGUUGGAAAUGUCUUCUUUGGCCAGUGUUUCACAUGUGUCAAUAACAGUUAAGAUUAAUUCAAUGAAAUUUAUUCUGAUUAUUUUCAGGGCGUUUAAAGUUAUCAAGUACAAAGUAUUCAAGUACAACUGGAGUGUUAUUUGUACUUUUUUGUUGUUGUUUUUUUUUUUUUAUACUUACUGUGUGUUCUCCAAUUUGCGUUCCUAUUUAUAUCAUAUUACAUAAAU